AUGGACCAGCCCUUAGAGGCGCCUGUAGCUCCCAUUGAUCCGUUGUUUGACAUCCCUGCCGACUUUGACAUGGACCUUGUUGACCCUGAGCCUGUCAUGGCCCCAGAGCCUGUUGUUGCUCCUGAUCCUGCACCAGAGCACGACCCUGUUCUCGAUGAUGCACCAGCUUUUGCACCACCCAUUGCUGACCUUCCCAUUGUUGCUCCACCAGUGGUGGAUGAUCCUGUUGAUGUACCUUUACCUGAUCAUGUUCCGGUAUUGGUUGACCGCGCACCUUUCGCCGCACACAUAGAUCCUCGUUAUGCCGACACCCGCAACGGGUGGAUCGAUGAUGAUGACGAUUACCCACCAUUUGUGCUACCUGUCACUCCUCCAGUAGCACCCGUUUCUGCACCCACUGAUAUCCCGUUGUUUCCCCCACACACCACAGACGCCCAUCGUACUGAUCUUCCCAUUACGUUCCUCCAGGACAUACCGCCACCUCGACCUGGAGAGGGUUCAUCGAGGCAGCCGCCUGUUUCUGUUCCACCCGUACUAUCAUCAUCUUUUCCGUUCACGUCUUAG